AUGAUCAUUCUGCCAGCGAACAUUCGGGUCAGCGGGUCGCAUGGUGCUGACGCAACAACUUCUCGAACCCAAAUUCAGGCGUUGAAUGUUGUCGCGACCGCUUAUCGUGCGGGUCGUUCGUCAUUCCCAGCCGCCAGCCCUUGUCCUAGCCGUGAUCAGGACCACAACAGCACCUCAGGCGUCGACCUAAAUGAUUUAUAUGCCCAUCCAGCGACGCCACCUGCUCGAGACCCCAUGGCGGUGGCGUCAGCCGAGCGCUACCCCCAUCAUUCCGACAGUCAUUCGCGCCUGUCUGCUCGCCUCGUGCUGCUCGCCGCGGACAACGCUGCGUGUCUAACGUCAUCGCAACUCUAUGACAUAGUUUACGCGAUCCGACGCGCAGCCGACGAGCCUGAUUGCGGGUUGCAGCUGCCGCCGGUUGCCGUCGAGCGACUUAUCCGGGAGUUGCGACGCCGGCGACAGCUGGCAGCCUUACUGGAUCUGCCGGACAGCGUGUUCCGCUUGCCGUAUAAAGGACCUCUGAGCCAUAAGCCCCCGGAGGCCUCUCGGCCGGUUUGCGCAGCUGCCACUGCCGCAGCCAGCACCGUUGCCAAUGACGCCGUCGCUGCCACAGCGGAAGAAGCAGGUGAUUCCACGGGGUCUGAAUCAGCAACUCAGUCCGAGCUCCGACAGGUUCAUGACACGGAUUUGGCAGCGCCCUCCGAAGGCAGCGUUCCCUUAGCUCGUUCUGCGGCUUCAUCUUGCACCGGCAACACUGGUGCCGCCAGCGCCGCUGGCGACUCUGGUCGCCGCCCCCGGGCCGCUGCCAGCGCAGACCCCACCGCCGCCGCCGCAACCGACAUAUCCACUUCUCCAGCUUCCGCCAGUCGCACUGCCCGCCGCACCAUCUUGGGAAGACCUGCAGAGCCGGAGGCGGACCUGGCGGAUGUGGUGACCAGGCAGCCGGCCGGUCCCCGGACCGCGGCUUUUGCUGUCGGCUUGCAUGCUGGGCAGCAGGGCCAGGCGCAGCCUCAACGGCCGCCGUCUCUAGGAGCAGUGGAAGCACCAGCAUCAAAAAAACUCCGCACCAGCGCAAGACAAGCCGCGAUCACACCACUGCCGUCGCCAGCAGCGGAAGAGCAGCACGUGCAUACCGCUCCCGGCAGCUUGCUCCGGCCCCAAACAUCGAAGCGGCGGGUCCGACAACCAGGGCAAUUAAAGCUGCGACAGCUUGGAGAUGCGGUGGUGGCGGCAGGGAGCCCAUCCGCAGCAGUGGCACUGCCGCUGGUGCAGGCAGGGCAGCAGGAUACAUGCCCUCCGCGUUCUCCUGGGGAUGUAGACGGGGGCGCCAGGACGCACCUGCAGCGGCGGCCGAUUCAGGACGUGCAGCAGCAGCAGCAGGAAGGGGAUGAUGCGGACCGGGACGCGGACCUCCAACGUUUCUUCGAGGAGCUGCACAACGUGGGGGCGGGGCUACCUGCACAGGAGGCCCUGGCCGCCUUGGAGACGUGCGCUGUGGCAGGUGCGUUACCGCCGCGGGCGACCUAUGAGGCGUUGCUGCGUAGCGUACGGCGUGCGGCGGCGGCAGCUGCGGCAAUGGCAAAAUCUGUCAGGGCGGCAACGGCGGUGUCGCUACCACCAAAAGACCCCGAUCGAACCGGUGCCGCUCGGAGCGGCGAACUAGCCGGGGUUCGCUAUCCUGGUCCAAGCGGUGGCACCGGAAGCAUAAGCACCUGCGCUUCAGUUGGCGUAUUGCAUGUGACGCAUUCGUUGCCGUCAGCGCCGGCGCGGACACGGCCGCCACUUCUGUCCCCAACGCGUAUCGUUGCGGUCUUGCAUGGCCUCACGCGCUUGGGUCAGCGCCUUAGCCAACCGCUAUGGCGAGAUCUUCUAUCGUACCUGCUGUCGUACCCUGAUCCGCUGCCGCAACGCCGAGAGAAAGGUGGCAAUUCCGCCGCCGCCGCCGCAGCAGCAGCAGCGUGGCGGCCGCACGUGGCGACACUGAACUCCUACGACUUGGUCGACCUGGCGACGGCCAUGGCCACUGCGGGCUGUAACCCAAGUACGCAGUUUCUAGAAGCACACGCGGCGGCGGUAAUGCGCUGGGCUCGGCAGCUGACGGGCCGCCAGGCGGCGCGCCUGCUCUGGUCGUAUGCUUCCCUAAAUUUCCGCCCGCCAGCAGCCGUGCAGGCCGCCCUCGCGGCGACGCUCCUCGCGGAGACGGAUGUGGAGCCUGGGGAGCUGGCGCAGGGAGUUUCGGCGCUGGCGCUGCUUGCAGCGGCAGCGGCGUCGUCAGGAGGAAGCCUGGGUACGGCGGCGACGGCGGUUGCUCGCCGCAGCCGGGCCGUCUGGGCGGCUGGCGCCCCGUCCAUUGGCGUAAGUCGUAACCACGGCCUGAUGUCCCUUGUCCUCGACGCAGCGAUGGCGUGUAAACAGCGGCACGACGCCUUGUACAAGGCUGCGCUCGAGCCUGGUACGGCAUGCGAUGGUUCCAGAGCGGCUGCCGCUGGGCAACCUUAUCCACCGGGCGGUCCCUGGUCCUUGAUGUCCUUCGGGAACGACCCGCUGAUCAGCAGCGGCAGUAGCGCCGACGGCAGUGACGGCUCCGGCGGCAGUAGCCGAGCACGAGUGGUAGAGGUGGUGCCCGGUGCCGUAGCGGCGAAAGGAUGCUCACGCAGGGACUGGGCGGCGGUCAGAGGACAGGGAGGCGGCGGCGGCGCCCUCGACGGAGCUGGCGCUGCGGCUGUAGCUGUUGCCCAGCUACCGCUGCUUGAGGAGCAACACGGUUUUAUGUCGUGGCUGAUGGAGGUGUUGUGUCCGCAGGGGCAAGCUGCCGCCGCGCACGGGGGAGCGCACGGUGGCAGCACGGUCCGCGGUGUCGCGAUGAUGGUAUCAGCGACUACCGCCGGCGACAGCAAAACCGUUGGCGGCGUCGUCCGGUUACUGCCGCCGCUGCCAGGGCCGCUGAGUGCCGCCGGCCUCGCUGUCACUUGCCGACUGGUGCUCUUGCUACUGCACUGUAACUCGGGCACUGCGAUUGCGGAUGAGGCGUGGGCGCAGCACCUCCUGCGUCAAACCACGUCGCUGGCGCCGUCGCUGCGUCCCGCGGAUCUGGUCCCCGUCAUGCAGCUCGUUUGCCACUUGUACGGCAUGUUUCCGGCGCUGCUCGCGGAUGGCGACGCCGCAGAGGACGCCACGGUGCCGUGGCAGCCGGGGCCCAGAGGCAGCGCAGCCUUGCAGACGCUUGUCGUCAGUGCAUGCUCGUCCAUGGAGUGUUUGUCGUACGGUCAGGUGGUUGCGAUGUACGGCAGCGUCUCUGCCCUGGCCGCUGAACCCCAGAUUCUUGGGCGACUUGGCGAUGGGCGCAUGGUGGUGGGUCCCUCCGCCAAGCCUUCAGCCGCAAGCCCAAUGAGCCCCGAUGCCGUACUGCUUGCCCGUGCCGCUGCUCGCGGCCGCUCUGUAACCGCCACUGCUGGCAUCAGCACCUCAGGUAGCAGUAGCGGCCCCGUAGUCGCCGUCAGCAACCCCAGCUGCAGCAGCACCAGUCGUACAGCAUGUACGGCUGUAGUGGCGUGUUGUGAUGACGGCUUGGAGGAUCCCGCCCGCUGGCUGCUGUCACUGCUGCGGGAUCCUGAGGGAGAUCAUCAUCGGACCGCGGGCGGCGAGCUGGAUGCGGCUGUGCCUCCGCCACGCGCGGCUGUGCGUAAUGCGGAUGUGGGCAGCAGCACGCGGGUGGCUGGUGAGCCAACGGCCGGCAGCUGUGGCGCCGCCAUUGGCAGCAGCAACGCUGCUGCUAUAGCCACUGCGGCCGUCGCUGCAGCACUGCCUACCUCCAAGCCGGCAUCAGACUCAAAAUCUGCUGUAAUCCAACCACAGGAGGUAGCGGCAGUAGCAGCAGCGAAGGACCGGGAGUCUACGACGCCCGCCGCGGAAGCAGAUGCGUCAGCUGUUGAGACUGCUGCUGCUGCUGCAGCAGCCGCCGCGCCGAGAAAUGCGAUGCCAACUGUUAGCGAUUUCACGGCCGGCGCUGAGCCAGCGGCUGCCUCCAGCGGGCGGGUGACUGCUGCAGCCAGCCCUGCAUCCAUCAGCAAUUCGGGACCUUCCGCAGGCAGCGCCGCUCCCGCACCGCGAGCAGGAGGCCUCACUUUCCCCUGGCCGAUUCCUAGCCAUCGGUCCCAGCGCAUGCCUGAACUCCUGGCUCCGCCACGGCGGCGGCUUCAGGGCGCCGCCGACGCUGUCGCCGUACACAAGGCUGUCGCCGCCAGUGCUGGAGCAGCACCGGCCCAGUCAGGACCGCUCGAAGCUGCGCAUGCAAACUCGCAAAGCCCGGCCUCUACCGCUGCUUUUUCCGACAGGGCAGCCGUGGCAGCUGCAGCCGCCAGUGCCAAUGGCGCCCUGCAGGCCCUGAUCGGUGUACUACGCAGUUGUGCUGAGGCCCGUGAGCCGUUGCCGGCAUGGGCGCUCCUGGCGAUGCAGACCGCCUGGCGGCAGCAUCUGCAGCUACAGCCGCAGGCCCAGCUGCGUCCGCCAGAGGUCGACGGCUGCGCACCGCCGCCGCCGCCAAGCACUGCUGAUGCACGUGUGGUGGCGGAGCUGCUGCUUGCCGUCGCGGCGGCGGUGCCGUGGCGAGCCGCGGCCCGCAGUGCGGCCCUCCUGGAGCUGGCGGCGGUGCUCGGGGCUGGCGGCCAAGGGGCCUUGCGCAAGCUAUCCCCAGUGCAGCUAACUAGCUGCGUCCAUGCUGUGGCGCUGGCGGCGAGCGGACGUGACGGUGACGCCAGUAGCGCCUGUGACGACGGCGGUGCUGAUGCAGCUGCCGGUGCCAGGCGCGUGGGCCGAGCGGCGGCGGCGAAGCGGGCGGCAGCACUGAUAGCGGCGAUGGAGCCGUUGCUGGAUGAGGUCCACCGCCGAAUAGCGACAUAUAGCGACACGACCGCAGCAGAGGCUCUGCCGCCGCCAUGUGUCGCGGUCGUUUGUCGCGCACUGUCAUACUUGUCGUACACAUCCGUAUGGCCUUCGCGGCUCCGUCGCCGCGAAGCCGCCGUCGCUGCGGCCGCCCGUGCACGGCUGGCUGCGGCGCCACCAGGAAGCCCCUCCUCUCCAUCCUCCGUAUGCCUCCGCCGCGCCAUUGCGUCUCACAUGCCGCCACUGUCGGCGCAAGCGCCGCCGCCGCCGUCGGCGAUUCAGUACGGCAUCUGGGUCCUGCGCCACCUCGAUCUACAGGUAGGGCCCACCUGGCUGGAGCGCCUUGCCGCUGGCUCGCCACGCUACCUACGCCGAAUGCACCCGCGCGCAACGGUUGACUGGCUCGCUGCAUGUGCGGCCCGCAGCCACGUUCCGCCUCGGCCCGCUUUGCGCAUGGCCUGGCUGCAUCUGCAACACACCUGGCGGUUUCUGGGUUGGCAGGAGUUGUACGAGGUAGUCUGGAAUGCCGUCCAGCUGCGCCUUAGACCGCCAAGGUACCUGCUGGCGGCCGCUUGCGAGUCCGUAGCAGACGCCGCGGCGGCGACGGCGGCGGCGGUGUCAUCGUCGGCGGUGGGCGGAUCCAGUGCGCUGCACGGCAGUGUUCCUGACGAAGUAUCGACGAGCGCUGUCGCCGCCGACGCCGCCGCAGCGGAGACUGGCAGCAAAACGGCUGGAAACGUUGGGAUACGGGGACGGGGGGCGGCGGACACCAGGUGCGGCAGCAGCAGUCGGCACGGAGGGCGAUCAGCGCGGCACACUGCGUCGGUUGCAGCGCGGCUGCUGUGGGCGGUCCAGUUCGACGAACGCUACACACCCACGCGGCGCGCCACGGCGGCGCUGUGCGCCGUGCUGGUACAGGCAUGGGGCAGCCUGACGGCCGGUGAGCAGUCCGCGGCGCUGUGGGCGCUCGCACGCUUGCCGCCGCUCAGCGGCUCUGAGCGGGCGGUCCAUGAGUCGGGACUUGGCGGCGUGGUUGUACGGCACUUUGUCAGGUACAGCACCGGGGCUUUGGAGCGAGCAGUGACCCGCGACUGCCCAGGGAAGAUGAAGGCGGAGGCGGUGCAGGCGACCGGCAAUACGAUUGCGGCUCUCGGCCCUGCGGACGACGUCCGCGGCUGUGGCAGUGGUGACGAUGCAGCGUCGGCAGCAGACCUGGCGCGCACGGUCUAUGCGCUGGCCCGGCUUCGUCAGUCGCUGCCGCAGCCCCUGGCUGCACAGCUGUGCGGGCGCCUUGUGGCAAUGACGGCGAUGCCAAGGACGGUAGGGCCUGCUGCGGAAGGGACGCUAGAGGCCGUGCCCGCUGCUGCCGCCUAUGGCCUCGCGGACGGCCUCACGGAGGCCUCGUUCGGCGGCGGUCUGCGCCCGAAGGAGGUUGUACAGGCGUUGUACGGUGCUUCCCGGCUGCUGCUAGGUCAUUCGCCUGGCGCCACCGGCGACGCGAGCACCGCCGCCGUAGUGCGGCCGCUGCUGCGCGCCGCGCUCUCUACCGACCCCUCGGUCCUAGACGCCCGCAGCCUGGCUGACGCCCUGGGCACCCUCUCCCGCUUCCGCCGUGCGCUGGCGCGCCACCGCCCUCGCCCGCGCCUCCAGACCCUGUACCAAUCACCACAGCAGGAUCCAACUUCAAAGUCGAAUCAGGGCCUGGAUCCAGACCUCGGCCCAGAUUGGAACCCCAGGCCAGAAGAUGCUGGCACUGCGGCUGUUAGCGGCAGCGCAGGUGCUUGGAGCAAUGAUCCGUGGGUCAUCAGCGCGCUGGCGUGCGCCGGCGAGCUCUUCGUGCGCUCCGCUUUGCGGGGCCUGGGGGACCGGCCUGUGCCUGCUUGGUGUGUGCUGGAGAUCCUGCAGGCAGCUGGCUUUCUAGGCGCGCCCGUGGGGCCGCAGCUGGCGGCUGCUGCCGCGCGGCUGCUGUCCCUGCACCUGCCGAGCAUGCCGCCUGCACGGCUUGCCGACGUGCUAACGUGCUGCGCCGCGCAGCCAUCGCCACUGCCUGCGGAUCUAGCCUGGGAGGCGCUGCAGCAGCUGGUGCGGGUGGAGACGCGGCUAGCGACUGCAGCCGCAGACGGCAGUGGCGAAAUUGAGUCAGGCAACGGCCGCGGCGGCGGCGCCGCUGCCCCAUGGCCGCCGUUACAGCCUGACGAGCUAGCUCGGGCUGUACUGGCAGCGGCGCAGGCGGUAGACUCGCUUGUUGCUUGGCGCCGCGUGGGGCAUCCACGACCCGAAGGAGGGCUUGUUGGGCGGCGCGUGACACAUGAUGACUCGCGUGGGUGCUCACCCGGUGCGGAAUCAGCGCCGGGUCUGGCGGCGAGCUGGACGGAGGUGAGGGAGGUGUGGCUGCCACCGCCAUUGCAGCUGAGCCGGCUGCUGGCAGCGGCCGUGGCGGAGCUGGCCUGUCGACCAGCAGACCCACGGGUCGCAGCCAUGUCGCCCGACCAGCUGUCCAUGCUGGUACAAGGCGUGGUAGCAGCGGGCGCGGCGCCGGGGGCCGCCUGGCUGGAGUGGGUGUGCGAGCUGAUGCGAGUGCGCCUGGAAGAAGCCAGCCAGCAUGGGCUGUUGCGCAUGUGCGGAGCGUUGGAGGUGGCGGAGAUGUGGCCUGGCCAGGCGUGGGCACAGGCGUGCCUUGAGCAGGCGUCCAAGCUCGUAAAGGCGCUCCGCAUGCCCAAGACUUCCGAGCGACAAAUCCAGGCGAAGCUGCUGCGGCUACGCGCGCUCGGCGCCGCCGCCGCCGCCGCCUCGCAUCACAUCCCCGACGCCACGCCACCACCUUUCGCGGCGGCCGUUGGCGCCGCCAACGGAGGACCCGCUGCGGACGUCCCUGUGCUGGGGCCUGGGCUGUCGCGGUCGUACAGGACUGCAGGCCCCAAGACCGGCGAGCGUGCAGCACGCCCGGCGGCCGUGGUGACUCCCUCGCCGUCGCCACAUUACGAAAAUAGCGGCGACACAUUUAGUGGGGGGGGAGCGCAGGAAGGGCAGUCCGUCUCCGCCCCGUGGCUUCCUGAGCUGAUAGACACGGAGGCGCGGCGGGCGCUACAGCUUGUGUACGGCAUGCAUGGCGCGUUUACCGCCGCCACACGAGCCGCUCUGCGGAUCGGCGGAGCGGAUGAAGAGGGACAUGCGGCAAUUGGCGGCCUCGAAGGCGCGGCUGAGCACGCGAUUUGGGUUCCGGAUGAGGAGCUACGGCAGAAUCAGGCACUGCAGCAGCUACGACUUGCGGAUGCGCCAUGGGACAUGGCACCCCACGUCGAUAUUGUGCCGCCAUCUGCAGCCGAUAGGCGUCACGCCGCUCACUUUCGGGCUGUGGAAGGCAAUUUGGACGCGGAUGUGGGCGCGUGCGCGAGAGCGGAUGGGUUGAAGUCGUUGGCUUCAUCUGGCACAGAAGGUCAGCAGCAGCAGCAGCGCCAGCGUCAGGCGCCGGACGCGUUCUCACGGCUGCUGCUUGUCUACAGAUUGACGGAAACCCGGGUGGACCGAGUCAUGGGGCUGACGCGGAAAGUGGCGGCCUUGCAGUCCGCCAACGCACUACAUGCCCUUCGGACCAACAAGCCGCUAUCGCUGCCGCCGCAACAGCAACAGCAGCAGCAGCAUUUGCUGCUGCAGUCCGAGCUGGGGCUUGGGUCAUUGGCAGUGCCGGGGCAGGCGCGGCGUAUGGAUGGGAUGGUCGGGACGGAGUCUGGUUGGCGUGAUGACGGCGGCGACGUGGUGGAUGAGAAGUUGGCUUUAGUGCGUGCUCAGGCCACGGAGAGCACGGCGUUAACGUGCUGGAACAUGGGGAAUGUGGGAAAAGGUGGUUUGGGGAACGGGAUGUCACGGCUGCUGGUGCCGAGCCGCAGUGGCGCGCCGGUACGGGUGUCGGCCGAGAUGCUUUCGCCACUCGCGGCAUACCUCCAACAACAACAGCAGCAGCAGCAGUACCAGACGCAACGGGGGACAAUGCCCCUAGGGCUGGGGUGCUUUUCGGAAGGGGAGCCGCGGCACGGGCGUGCACGGGUGCACGCUGGUGCACGAGGGGAGGAGCAAGGUCACCAGCGGCAUAGCGGUGAUGGCGGCGUGGGAGAAUGGCGCCGGGGCGACGCCAGUCCAGAUUGGAGUGGCUUGCUUGCCUGCUUGGUGCACGUCAAGUACUGCGGCUUGUUGCACACUUUCAACAAGAUGUAG